UAAAUCUCCAAACUUCCGUCUGUCGUCUGGCAACAUUUCAGUGUAGAGAUUAGGAGAAGCAAGGCAAAAGAAAAUAUACAAAAUAAAAGAGUCAAAUAAUUGCGUCGCUGCCGGAAAACAUUUUGAAAUUCCAUAAAUAUUUGUUAAUAACGGCUGCUGUAAUUGUUAAUCGAAAUUUCAUAAGAUGAGCAGCCAGAGUCAAUAUAAAUUGCUAUCUUUGACAAAGACACGGAGCGACGAUGUAAAAUUAACAGAACGUUUCUCGGAGCAGAUGGCACAACUUUGUAUGAACGACGAUUAUUCGGAUGUGACUUUCAUAGUUGAAAAUCAGCGUCUCCCAGCUCAUCGUGUUAUUUUGGCUGCACGUAGUGAAUAUUUUCGUGCGCUUUUGUUUGGAGGACUGUGCGAGUCCAGGCAAAGCGAAAUUGAAUUACAAAUUCCAGUCGAAGCCUUUAAGGCUCUGUUAAAAUAUAUUUACUCCGGUCAUAUGCCACUCGCACAGAUGGAUGAGGACAAUAUACUGGACACCUUAGGUUUGGCUAAUCAAUAUGGUUUCAGCGAAUUGGAGCAUGCCAUCUCACAAUAUCUACGACAAUAUUUGGCGCUUAAUAAUGUUUGUGCUAUUUUGGAUGCGGCGCGUUUGUAUAAUUUGGAUAAGUUAACAGAGGUGUGUUUAACAUUCAUGGAUCGCAAUGCCGCGCUUAUUUUGGAACAUGAGUCAUUCAGCGCGCUGUCAAUGGAAUCAUUAAAAGAGGUCCUGCGACGGGACUCAUUUUUUGCACCUGAAGUGGAGAUAUUUUUGGCAGUGUGGGAGUGGUGUAAAAGCCACACAAAUAUCAAUAUUGACGUAAGUAGCAAAUUUAGCAGUUAUAUAUCGGUUAUAAAUAUUUAUAUAUCCUUUUCUUUACGUUUGCAGUCAGUUGUUUCGUACGUUCGCUUACCAUUAAUGAAACUUGAGGAUUUGUUGCAAGUUGUGCGUCCAUCGGGUAUUUUGGACGCCGACAAGUUACUAGACGCUAUACAAGAGCAAACAACCUCGAAAUAUUUACCAUAUCGUGCCGCUCUGUGGCCUGAAGAGAAUGUGGCCACAGCAAAAUUCCAUUCCCGAACCAUACUAGGCGAGUGUCGCGCGGCUUUGUUGGACGGUGAUUUCAUUUCAUAUGAUAUGGAAAAAGGCUACACACGCCAUUGCAUUGGCGACAAUAUUGAAGGCGGCAUAACUGUUGAGUUGGGCACAAUCUGUAUUAUCAAUCAUAUCAAGCUGCUACUCUGGGAUCGCGAUAAUCGCUCCUAUUCGUAUUACAUAGAGGUGUCGGCAAAUUCUACCAACUGGGAUCGCGUUAUAGAUUACUCGCAGUAUUAUUGUCGGUCGUGGCAAUUUUUGUAUUUCCCCGCGCGCCCAGUGCGCUACAUCAAACUCGUCGGCACACACAACACAGUGAAUAAAGUAUUCCAUGUAGUAGGACUGGAGGCUAUGUACACGGCAUCCUUACCAAAAUUAAUUAACGGCAUUGUGGCACCCACAGUAAAUGUGGCACGCACCGAUAUGAGCGCUAUUGUGGUGGAUGGUGUGAGUCGCACGCGUAAUGCGCUGCUGAAUGGCGAUUAUGUGAAUUACGACUGGGAUUCGGGUUAUACAUGCCAUCAGCUGGGCAGCGGCGAAAUCGUAGUUAGAUUAGGCCAACCUUACAUUAUUGGCUCAAUGCGUCUGCUGCUGUGGGAUUGUGACGAUCGCACGUAUAGUUUCUAUAUUGAAACAUCGGUGAAUCAGAAGGAUUGGCAUAUAAUCGUCGAUAAGCGCAAUGAUCAAGUGCGCUCAUGGCAGAAUUUCUCAUUCACUCCACGUCCAAUAGUAUUUAUACGCAUUGUCGGCACGCGCAAUACGGCCAAUGAGAUUUUCCAUUGUGUGCACCUGGAGUGCCCCUCGCAGGACCCCAACUUCCUGCAAAUUGAAAAGGAGAAGGAGCAAGAACAACGUGCCAACGGCAAAAUUGCAGACGCGUCAGGCGCGGGUGAUGAAAGCAAUGACAGCAAAGAGAGUGCGUGCAAUGCAGAAAGCAAUAAUGUUGUCAGUUUAGAUCAGCCAAACAACAAUGAAUCAGUGCCGGAGGAGGUUCUAAUUGGGCUGGACAAUAUUUUGGUUGAGCGCAAUUAAAACGAGUUUCUAACAAACCAAAUGCUAUCUUCACACUAGCACUGUGCAACUCGAAUACGAGUCAUCAUAUUUUAAGCAAAUACAAUUUUAGAGCUAUGAAGAGGUUGACUAUUUUGUACUUUAAACUCUCUAUUUUGAAGUUUUAUAUACCACAUAUAUACAUAGCGCGGCUCUUAGUGAUGUUAAUCAUAUUUUUAUGUGUGUGUGUCAAAUUUACAAUGUGUAAGCAACAUUCAGCGCCACAACUCAUGGUGGCCUAUGCGUCAUUGCAAUCAAUCAACAAAUGUUUGUUUAGCAUAAUGUUUUUAGUAAUGUAAAUUAUUGUUUGAACUAUUCUUAUAUAAGUGUUGAAAUUUUAUUAAUUAAAAAUCAUAUUUUCGGAAGUAUGCCAAUAUGUAAAGCAAUAACCACUAAAUCGCAAUUAUUACGUUUGUAGCGGGGAAAUUGUUUCAAAUAUAAUUGAUUUUAUGCUAGAAAUAAUUAUGUUGUUAAUAAAAAAGACACGUUAAAUGUGUAAUUAUGGCACUCCAGCAUUUUAUGGCACAGCAGCAUAUAACUAACUGUGCUACUUAACGUUUGUAUUAUGUAUGAAUUAUAAAAGACACAUAACCUAAAAAAAGGUAAUAAUUUUAAACAACAAUUGUAAAUGUAAAAAAACGUAUUUUUAAAUGUUACUUAGUUUGUUGUUUAAGCGUAUCAUCAUCUAAUACAACAUAUUUAUUUUGUAACUGUAUAUUUACUGUUAUUUAACUGUAUAUUUUUGUUUUUGUAUAUAUGUAUAAUACUUAACAAGUGUCUAAACUUUUUGAACGCUUUGGUGUAUAAGCUUUUUUUGGUAUCGAUUGUUCGCUGUUGUGCUACGUACGUAUAUAUGUAUGAAUGUAUCUAUGUAGCUCUGCAACAAUUUAGUUAUUUACAAAUUAUGUUCUAAUUUAGUUUCAAGUGUAAAAAACUCGAUUAUAUGUUCGAAUACAAAAACCAAAUUGAUUUCUCUGGUCCCAUAAUGCAUGUAUGUAUGUAUUUAUGUAUCUACUUGUAUACUGAACUAUCAAUAUUUUCUUACUUUUGGUGUUUUGAUUGCAUAAAUAAUAAUGUACGUGUAUAUAAUAAAUUAUCUUUUAACUCUAUACAAAAAA